AUGCAGCCGCAAUUCUCCCUCGCCGGCCACAACCCUUGGCACCAGGGCAACAAAUACAUCUCGCCAGAGUACGAGUCGAUGAAUCCCCAUUACGGGGCCAAGUCAGAAGACGACGGCCCAGUGUGGAGUCUCUCUCAGCCACUGCCUCGCGUGGUGCGGCCCGGCAUGCGCCGGGGCAUUCUCCCUGAGGACCGCGAGGAGGAUAACACCGCUGAUCCCAGGGCGGGGCAGUCUGAGGGUCGGACGGAGCAGGAGGCUAUGGAUGCACAGGAAGGCCGUACCGAUACUGGGCCGCAGCGGGACACUACCGCCGAGGACCAGGAAGGCGAAUUCCUCAACACCUGGUGCAAGAUUCGGCAUUAUAUGCGUGAGCCGCUUGCGGAAUGGCUUGGGGUAACAGUAGCCGUCAGUCUCGGCCUAGGCGCCUCGUUAUCAUGGGUCACCUCACAGGGCCAAGCCGGAUCUUUCGUUUCGCAGUGCGUCACCUGGGGCUUCGGCUUCAUGCUCGCGAUCUACAUGACAGGCGGCGUGUCCGGCGGCCACCUCAACCCCGCAAUCACCAUCUCAAUGUCCGUGUGGCGAGGGUUCCCCGCCAAAAAAUGCGUGACAUACGUCCUCGCGCAGCUCCUAGGCGCCAUCACCGCCGGCGGCAUCGUCUACGCCAUCUACCACGACGCGAUUGUGCUGACGGCGGCGCAAAACAAGGUCGAUCAGAACGCGUCCCCGGCGGCGCAGGCGAUGUUCACUCAGCCGAAGAGCUUCGUCAGCCCUGCGACUGCGUUUUUCAAUGAGUUCUUCGGCAGUGCAAUCCUCAUGGGCACGAUUCUUGCCUUGGGUGAUGACACCAAUGCGCCACCUGGGGCGGGUAUGCAGGCGUUUAUUGUGGGAAUCCUGAUCACCAUUCUUUGCUUGGCGUUUGGGUAUAACACUGGAGGAUGCUUCAACGGCGCGCGAGACUUCGGCCCCCGCCUGGUAGCCGUAAUGGCCGGAUGGGGCGGCCACCUGUUCCGAGAGUACCACGCCUGGUGGGUGUGGGGGCCGUGGGUGGCUGACAUCUUCGGCAUGCUGUUCGGAGCCUUCAUCUACGACUUAAUGAUCUUCACGGGCGGCGAAAGCCCUAUCAACUACCCCCCGCGACGGAGGAAGCGCGGUCUCCUUGUCAAGGAGAUCAACCUGCGGCGGACAUUGGGACUUGGUCGGGAUAAGGUUGGCGAUUUGGAGAAUGCGGCGAAUAAGUAUAGUUCGGGUAGUUGA